AUGAAGCAAUAUAUCUUCGUCCUUUUCGCUCUUUUGACAACUGCAAUUCAAGGAUUUGCUCCCACAAGACAACAUCAACAAAGGACAGUGCUUCGAGCAACUGAUGGUGAAGAUCCGAAUGAGAUUGUUGCCCGUCGUAUUACAGUCAAGGGAGCCGUACAAGGUGGAUACUACCGUUCGUGUGUGAAUAAUGAAGCUGGAAAAUUUCGCAGACUUGUUGGCACAAUGUCACCGCCAGAUGAAAGUGAUGAAGCUGAAAUAUAUGUAGAGGGGAAGCGAAAAUUGAUGGCUGGGUUCAUUCGAUGGUGCAAAAAGGGCGAUGUUGGACUCAAUCAACAAGCGAAGGUUAUUGACGUGAAGGAGGAGGACCCAACAGGUCUCUACGAAAGCUUCUACGUCAAAACGAAAUAA